UCUCCCCUUGUCCAAUAAAUUGUGAGUUCCACCCUAUAUAUAGACACACACACACAAGCACAUUUGUGCUACCAAUUAAUCAAGGUUGAUAAAAUUUUAAUUCUAUAGCUUUGAUUUCCAUUGCAAAUGAUUAACACUCCAGGUGAAUUCUAUGACAUUGGCAAGAAGGCCAGAGAUCUUCUGCAUAAGGACUAUGCUCAUCAACCACGCGUGCCAAUUCAUUUUGAUUAUCGAAGCCUCAAGUCAAAUACUGAUAUCUCAUGCAGAGUUAAAGAUAUUGUUCCAAUUGUUCCUGAACUCAACACCCUUUUCAGUUUUGUCACGCCAAAUUCUGGCAAGGUGGAGCUGGAAUACCUAAAUGGUCUUGCUGGUAUUAGUGGAGGCAUUGGACUGAUACAAAACGAUGCCCUUAGAAGAUUUGAACCAAUUGCAAACCUUUCAGGUGUGAUAGGACGAGGCGCUCUUUUCUCCUUCGGAACGGACCUUGCCUUUGACAUAUAUACAGGGCAAUUCAACAAAUUCAAUGCUGGUUUGAGCUUGAAUAGUGACUUUGUUAAUACUUCCUUGUCCUUGGAUGGGCUUGACAGCUUGAAAGCUUCAUGCCACUGCUUGGUGAACCCACUGACCAAGACGGCCAUUGCAGCAGAGUUGAAACACAGCUUUUCAGGCAACAACACUGCACUUGUAAUCGGCGCCCAGCACGCAUUUGCCCCCUCCACACUGGUCAAGGGUCGAAUUAGCACACACGGCAAGGUUGGUGCUCUUAUACGGCAAGGAUUGUGGGAGAGGAUUUUCCUGUCUCUAUCUGGAGAAGUGGAUUUUACAGACACAAAUCCAAAUGCAACUCUGAAAAUCGGAUUAUCUCUGGCUGUUAGGCUCCAAAUGAGUAUCAUUUAGAAGCCAGUGUUUUGCUGGGGUUCCAAAACUGGAAUAAUCAUCUUCCUUCUUUGUUUGGUGUGGUAUAAGUAAGAGAGAGACUGGGGUUUUUAUUAGUUUUAUGAGGCCAGAUAGUGUGGAGAAAGUGAAGGGAAACACAUAUGUACAAUCAAAUCAAAUUUAGUAUUUACUAAUAUAUGAUAAAAGCAUAGUAGGAUUCUGUUUGAUGAAAAUUUGAUAAACAGGACAUAUAAAGCAUUUUCCAGUCGUCCAAAAACUAUACGAGAUCCAAGUUUGAACACGAAGAACCAAGUCACUGUAUAAGAUUGAUAUACGACUAACCACAAAAUCUUAAAAACUCGCA